AUGUUACCACCAGCCCUCAACAUCCCUAAAUGGCUUGAAGCCAAUUCCCAUCUACUUCAACCACCCGUCAAUAAUUAUUGUGUUUAUCAUCCCUCCUCGCCGGCAACAGCCGGUUACACAGUUAUGAUUGUCGGUGGCCCCAAUGCGCGAACAGAUUAUCACAUCAAUACGACUCCGGAAUUCUUUUAUCAAUACCGUGGCUCUAUGUUGUUGAAAACUGUGGAUACAUCUACAACGCCGCCAACAUUUCAAGAUAUCCCAAUCCACGAGGGAUCUAUCUUCCUCUUACCAGCGAAUACUCCGCACUGUCCUGUGCGGUUUAAAGAUACAGUGGGUGUGGUGAUGGAACAACCCCGAGCAAAAGAUGCUGCGGACAUUAUGCGGUGGUAUUGCCGAGCAUGCAGUGGGGUAGUAUGGGAAAAGAAGUUCGUAUGUACAGAUCUAGGAACACAGGUCAAGGAGGUCGUGGAAGAGUUUGGCGCAGAUGAGGAGAAGAGGCGGUGCAAGGGCUGUGGAGAGAUUGCGGCCACUAAAUACCAGGAAGGAGAAAUUGUACAACCGCCAGCGCAACCCGAAUAA